GUUUCGUUCGUUUUUUUUGCGUUUUCCGUCCGCUCCGCAAAGCGAAAAACAAACGAUUGUUUUGAUUGCAAUUUAAUGGUCGCGCUGUGCAAAAGGGAGUGCCAACAAAUCAACAGUUAGAAGAUUUACAUUUUUGGACCGGAAAAUUAUCGAAUUGGUGCAAAUUCAACGAUGCCCCAAGGCCGCAGAAAGGUUCCGUUUAGCGGAAAGCAGAAAAAGCAGCAGCUGCUGGCGAAGAAGCAAGCCAAAUCGAGUACCUCGCACAACAUCAUCCGGAAGCUGCGCGAUGAGGAAUCCAGCGACAUCAGCGAGGACAGUGACUUUCCGAAGACGUUCCACGAGAAUGUGGAAAAGAUCAACCUCCAGCCGACGAAAGAUCCUCGCAGCAAGGCCAAUCGCUACGUGCUGCAGUUCCACCGAGAAACGGGCAAAGAACUGCGGGAAAUGAAGGAGGAGGCGCUGAAGGAACUGAUUCCCUGCCGGCCGGAAGAACUGGAACUGGCGGACAACUACUUUGUCGGGUAUGAGUUCCCCAAGCGGCCCAAGUGGACCUACGAAAUGUCCAAGGAGCAGCUCGACAGCAACGAGAAUCGAUACUUUUUCAAAUACAUCACAUACAUGGAAAAGAUGCACUACGACGAUAUGAAAUCGCUGAGCUUCUGCGAGUUGAAUCUGGAAACCUGGCGGCAACUAUGGCGAGUGCUUGAACUGUCUGAUAUCGUGCUGGUGAUUGUGGAUGCUCGUUUUCCGACGUUGAUGUUUCCACCAUCGCUCUACAAUUACGUGACCGAAGAUCUCGGCAAGGGUAUGAUACUGGUGAUUAACAAAGUGGAUCUCGUGCAGCCGGAAGCUGUUCUCGCUUGGAAACGCUAUUUCCAACAAACUUACAAAGAUAUAAAAAUUGUCCUGUUCACGUCCUAUCCUUCGUACAACCUACGAGGCAAGCAGGAGAGUAAGCAAGGUCUGAAGAUCCGGCGCCGCAAGGGUCGCAUGCGUAUGGCCGCCGAAGGAGCCCAGCAGAUCUACAGCAUCUGCCGCGAGUACGUAGGUGACGAGGUGGAUCUUAGCUCUUGGCAGCAGAAGAUUCUCGAAGAACGAAGCGCCCCAAUGGAUGUGGACGGCGAUGAGGACGAGGCUUGUGAAGCGGAAAGAACUCACGAAGAGGAAAAGGACUUUUCUUUUGAAGAGCACAUCAAGUUCAAAGACGGUGUCCUAACUAUCGGGUGCGUCGGAUUUCCCAAUGUGGGCAAGUCUUCUCUGCUCAACGCUGUGAUGGGUAAAAAGGUGGUUUCGGUCAGCCGAACCCCAGGCCAUACAAAGCAUUUUCAAACCAUCUUCCUCACCAACACAGUCCGUCUUUGUGAUUGUCCUGGUUUGGUCUUCCCAUCAGCCGUCCCUCGUAAGCUUCAGGUUCUAAUGGGUAGCUAUCCGAUCGCACAACUGCGUGAGCCUUACGCCUCUAUCAAGUUCCUAGCCGAGCGAUUGGAUCUUCCGUCCUUGCUAUCGUUGAAACAUCCAACGAAUGAUUCCAACGAGCAGUGGUCGGCCAUCGACGUGUGUGACGCUUGGGCAAUAAAGCGCGGCUUCCUCACCGCCAAAACGGCCCGUCCUGACACCUACCGUGCCGCUAACAACAUUCUUCGAAUGGCUCUGGAUGGUAAGAUCACACUUUCCCUCAAACCUCCCGGGUUCCACCAAAUGCUCGAGCAGCUGCAGUCGGACCCGGAGUUGGCAGCCGUUCGGGAUAUCCAAGCCCUGGCCGAGAACAAUGACAAAGAGGACGAUGAUGACUACAUAUCGGAUACGGACACCGAGGACGUGGCCGGCGCCGCUAGCAACGACGCUGACAACGAGGAGGACGAAGAGGGCAACUCGAUGCUGUCGCCGGUCAGUUCCAAAAUGUCCAACCCGUUCUCGCUGCUCGGAAGUCCGGAGUAGCUUCGUGAACUCAAUGUUAUCCACUUUUUGAACUACUUAUACGCUUUUUACUCUACAUAAACAUAUUUUACCGGAAACUCACUGAUAGAAAAGCGAGACUGCGAGCGAGAAAGAGGCCCCGAAAGUGCGUGAUGCUGUAAUGGACUAAUACAUAUUAAGGAUUUGCACGCGUUUGUUACGUAUAUAUUUAUUGUUACACAAUUCACACGAUU